AUGAUGAAGAUCCCUUGGAAUAAUCCUUUCAAACCUACCCCCGCACCUCCAUCAUUCGGAGAAGGCCACACUCUUCCACAGGGCUCCGCGUCUUUGUUGUCGAAACUCGUGUUCUAUUGGUUGAAUCCUUUCCUUGAAGUUGGGUUUUCCAGACCACUAGAGAAAGAGGAUCUAUGGCAACUUCCGAACGCGCGACUAACAUCCACUAUUACCGAUGACCUCACCACGAGGUUCUAUAAUCGAUGUCCUCCAGAAAAACGACCGCGCUUUAUGAGGGAAGCCAUCAAAGAAGAGGGUGCUGUUGUCGGAGAAGAUAUAGACGAAAAAGCUGCCGACGCAAAGACGGAUGAAACGAAAAUAGAUCCUGAAAAUCUUUCGAAUACCGAGAAGAAAGGAUCUUCUUGGUUUCGCCGAAGUAAGAAGUCAGGACGAAAGAAACCGAAAUACGACGGAUCGUUAUUCAAAGCCAUUCACGCAACUUUUUUCUAUCAGAUCUGGUUCAGUGGAAUUUUGAAGCUUAUUUCUGAUACCCUUAAAACCACCACGCCCUUGUUGAACAAGGUUAUCUUGACGUGGUUGACCGAGUCGUAUAUCUACUCCCGACUUUCCGAUGGUGAACUGUCGGCUGCUGCUGCACAGGGUUUCAAGAAGCCUAAAGGUAUUGGCUAUGGGAUAGGAUUGGCUGUAGCGCUUUUCGCAAUGCAGGAGGUCGCGAGUUUGAUGACGAACCAUUAUAUGCAAACUAGCAUGGCCGUAGGCUUGUCUGUCCGUACGGGGAUCAUAGGCAGCGUCUUCCGAAAAUCUCUGCGCCUCUCAGGGCGAGGACGCGUCAAUCACAGCGUCGGACAGAUCACCACAAUGAUCUCAACGGAUUCUGCAAGGCUAGAUCGGUUUUCAGCAUUCGGACAUAACCUUUGGGUGUCCCCGAUACAACUCGCCAUUGGCAUCGGAUUGCUCAUCGGAAACCUUGGGUACUCAGCACUCGUCGGUCUGGGCGUCCUCAUCCUCGGAUUCCCACUCCAGAUCAUGCUCGUCAGAGUCAUGUUCAACCAGCGGAAAAAGGGCGUCAAGUUGACUGAUAAGCGAGUGAGGUUGACCACUGAGGUUCUUCAAGGCAUUCGCCUUAUCAAGCUCUAUGGGUGGGAAGACUUUUAUACGCAACAGAUUGGGAAUCUUAGGAGCAAGGAGGUUUCUACUAUUCGGAAAUCGGCUGUUGCACGGUCGACGAUUAUAGCGCUGAUGACGUUCAUCCCUAUCUUAGCUUCAGUCCUGUCAUUCAUUACUUACAGCUUAAGCGGACAUGACCUCAACGUUGCCGUCAUAUUCAGCUCUCUUCAACUAUUCAACAUCAUCCGAAUGCCUCUAAUCUUCUUUCCCAUCGUGCUCGUUUCCCUAACAGACGCAAUGGUCGCCCUCGGGCGCAUCGGCACAUUCCUAACAGCCGAAGAGCUGGACGAGCCAUACAAGAUCAAAGACGACGUCAAAUUGGCAGUCGAGGUCGACGGUGAUUUCGCGUGGGAGACGGUGUUGAGCGUCACGGGUAAGGGUGCGGAAUCCAAGUUUGCUGCUCUUGGUGCUGGGAAGGGAGGCGCAACAACGAAUCGGUGGAGUAAGCGCAAGUCCAACUUGUUGCCGGCUACUACUGCGGAUGUGAAGCCUGGAGAUGAAAAGACCAAGGAAAAGGAAAAGGAGAAGGACGAGGAGGAGAAAAAGCCGUUUGAAUUGAAUAAUUUGCAGUUCAGGGUCCCCAACGGCGCGUUUGUGGGGAUUGUGGGACGUGUUGGGUCAGGAAAGAGCUCUUUGCUUCAGGCGUUGAUCGGAGAGAUGAGGCGAACGAGGGGAGAGAUUACGUUUGGCGGUUCAGUUGCCUACGCACCUCAAACACCUUGGAUUCGAAAUUCGACUCUUCGUGAAAAUGUGCUCUUUGGACAGGAACACAACGAGGAGAGAUUCCGUGAAGUUAUCAGCGCUUGUAGUUUGGAUCACGAUCUCGAGGUUCUUCCUCACGGUGAAGACACUGAGAUCGGGGAGAAGGGGAUUAACUUGAGUGGUGGUCAAAAGGCCCGCGUUUCAUUAGCCCGAGCAGCAUAUUCCCAGUCGGACAUCGUACUACUCGACGAUCCCUUGUCCGCAGUGGACGCCUACGUCGGCAGGGCCAUUCUCGAGAACUGUCUCCUCAAAGGUCCCCUGGCGAAUCGGACACGAAUCCUCGUUACACACGCUCUGCACGUUCUUGAUAAAACGGAUUACAUCUACGUCAUGGAUGGCGGGGUCAUCAUUGAACAAGGAACAUAUGAAGACCUCACAGCGAACAGUGUUGUGUUUUCGCGCCUCAUCGAGGAAUAUGGUAGCAUGGAACUUGAAGAGGACUUGGAUGAAGCCUCCCUUGCUGGCAAACGAUCGCGCAAGACCAAGGGAUUUGCAGCAGAUGAGAGCGCGGAGGAUGGUGUUUUUGCAUCCAAAAGGGCUCAGAAUGCGUUGAUGCAGAUGGAGGAGAGGAACACGGGGUCCGUGACGUGGGAGGUGUACCGCAAGUACCUCAGGUUCGCUGGGGGGGUCGUGUGGGCGCCCACUAUUCUGCUGCUGUUGACUGUGACUCAGGGGGCUCAAGUUGCGAACAAUCUUUUUCUUGGGUUCUGGACAGCCAAUAGCAUACCUGGCUUUAGACAAGCUGACUACAUGGCCGUAUAUGCUUCGCUUGGUGUGGCUCAAGCUAUAUUUACCUUUCUUGUCAGCGCUGCAUUUGCGCUUGCAAGUUUGAUCGCUGGCUUGAAUCUUUUCAAAGCAGCACUCAAUGGUGUUUUGCGCUCUCCUGCAUCUUUCUUUGAUACCACUCCCAUGGGGCGCAUUUUAUCUAGAUUGUCAAAGGACCAAGAUACCCUUGACACGCAGCUGUCAAUGACUCUGUUCCAGUUCCUCAACACGUUUAGCUCUGUCUUGGGCACAGUAGGCCUUGUAUUCUACACGUUCCCGUACUUGGGUAUCAUCUUCGCACCCAUGGCGGUCUUGUACUGGCUGGUAUCCAUGUUCUAUAGAAGAUCCUCUGUAGAAACCAAACGACUUGAUUCACUCAUGAGGUCUGCAUUAUAUGCGUCAUAUUCCGAAACAUUGACUGGUCUUUCCACGAUCCGAGCGUAUAGAGAACAGAACCGAGCAGUCAAAGACGCCGAAAAAGGACUAGACAUGGAGAAUCGCGCGUACUACAUGACCAUCUCCAUCCAGCGCUGGCUGGCAGUCCGGCUUGACCUCUUUGGAAACGUCCUCAUCUUCGGGAUUGGGUUGUUUGCUGCUGGGUUCCGACAUACAGUCAACCCUGCAAAGAUUGGAGUCGUUUUGUCGUACACAUUGAGCAUUACCCAGAUCUUCUCGGACAUGGUAUCACAAUUCGCAGAGAACGAGCAGAACAUGAACGCCGUAGAGAGGGUGUUACAUUACUCUGAACUGCCAGCUGAGGGCGAAUUCGUGAAACCUGAUGACCCUCCGCCAAGCUGGCCAUCAAAGGGGAUGGUUACGUUCUCGGAUGUGGAAAUGGCUUAUCGACCAGGCCUUCCGUUGGUGUUGAAGGGCAUCAGCUUCCAAGUGAAGCCUGGAGAAAAGGUUGGCAUUGUCGGACGCACGGGAGCUGGUAAAUCUUCGCUGCUUCAAGCCCUCUUUCGCACCGUAGAACUGCAGCGUGGAACAAUCGACAUUGACGGCGUUGACAUUCAAACCGUGGGUUUGGACACCCUCCGUUGGCGAUUAGCCCUCGUUCCACAGGAUAGCACACUCUUCCUGGGGACGUUACGUGAAAAUCUAGACCCGCAAGGCCUAUGCACCGACGCCGAACUCAUCUCCGUCUUGCAGAGGGCAUGGUUGCUCCCCCGUGAAGGAGCGCCUACAGAUCCUGUGGCAGAUGCAAAGUUUAGCUUGAACGCGACUGUGGGUGAUGAGGGGUCAAACUACAGCGCUGGGGAGAAACAACUUCUGGCGUUGUGUCGCGCCUUGGUAAAGAACAGUCGUAUCAUCGUCCUUGACGAAGCUACGAGCAGUGUAGAUGUCGAGACAGACGCCAAGCUCCAGCGGACGAUCCAGACUGAAUUCGCGUCGUCCACUUUACUUUGUAUCGCUCAUCGUUUGAAUACCAUUGCUUACUACGACCGCGUUCUCGUGAUGGAUGGAGGCAAGGUCGCUGAAUUCGACACAGUAUUGAACCUUUUCGAUGAAGAAACCUCUAUCUUCCGUUCCUUGUGCGAAGAGGCGAAUUUGCAGAGGGCAGAUAUUGUCAGGAUACGCGCCGAAAACGGGGUGGUGGAACCUAGAGAGGAAGGGAAGGCCCUGGAUGAGGCAUAG